AAACGGGUUUAAUUAGCGAAAUGAACUUCACAAAGCGAAUCCUCAUUUGGCGUAUGGAUUUCAAACGCCCCACUUGACUCACUCGCUCUCUCGCCUUCGUCUCUCCAUCUUUAUCUCUUCCGCUGCUUCUCCAACGGUCUGCCGAGGCAUUUCGGCGGCGCCGAUCACCGAUUUGUCUCUCCGCCGUCGAUCUCGUACUGUCACUCUACGAUACUCUUCUAUCGGCUGCUUUUGAGCGAACUUUUUGGACUUGAUUUGAUUUUUGUUGUAUUCGUUGAUUCUUUGAUUUUGCCUCAAGGUAAUAGGCAACAGGUAUUCAAGAUGAUUGGCUCGUUUCUUACCAGAGGACUCGUGAUGAUUUUUGGCUAUGCUUUUCCUGCCUAUGAGUGCUAUAAAACUGUUGAAAUGAACAAGCCAGAGAUUGAGCAACUUCGCUUUUGGUGCCAGUACUGGAUUUUGGUUGCUGUUUUGACAGUUUGUGAGAGGAUUGGAGAUGCAUUCAUUUCAUGGGUUCCUAUGUAUAGUGAAGCUAAAUUGGCAUUCUUUAUAUAUCUCUGGUACCCUAAAACAAGGGGAACAACUUAUGUGUAUGAUUCCUUCUUUAAACCAUACGUAGCAAAGCAUGAGACGGAUAUUGACCGAAAUUUAUUGGAACUAAGGACCAGAGCUGGUGACAUUGCUGUUGUCUACUGGCAGAGAGCUGCAAGUUAUGGUCAAACAAGGAUAUACGAGAUCUUGCAGUAUGUUGCUGCACAAUCAACAGCAAGGCCUCGCCAGUCUCAGCGACAGCCAGGGGCCGCAAGGGUUCCACCAGACACUGUGGCCUCAAAACGCCCGGCAACCACUACUAAUCAAGUGCGAAUUGAACCACCAUCAUCUCCAUCUUCAAGUCAUACCCAAAAAGAUGUAGCUGAAGAGGAGGUGGGUGUGUCUCAAGCAUCAAAACCAAAAACCACAGUUGAAGUUCUUCCUAAUACUCAGAAAGUGUCAAAACCGACAACCACAGUCGAAGUUCCUAAUACUCCGAAAGCAUUGAAACCAGCAACUUCAGUCGAAGUUCAUAUUUCCCAAAAUGCAGCUGCAGCAUCUGAACCACCAGCCAGAAGCCAAUCUUUACCACCUGAAGCGGAGCCAACGCAGGUCGAACCAGUGCCACCUUCAGUGGACGAGAACGCAAAUCCUCCCCCAAAAGAUACCGUCAUGGAAGAACCCCUAAAAGUAGCUCGCACAAGAUUGAGGAAAACACGUUCAAGUACUAACCGUUGAUAAGGGCCGCAAUGUUUCCAAAUCUCAGUUUCCCUUGUAGCUGUUAGACGGUAGAAGGAACAAUGAUGAGUACUGAGUUGCUGAUCCUGGCAUUCAUGUAAAUUUGUUGUUUCUAUUUCAAUUUUAUUUGUCACUUUAUUUUUUGGACGGCAGCCGAUGGUUUAGAAGUAUGAUGCGAUUCUUGUCAAAAUUCCAUGACAUUAUUACAAUGCUCGCAUAAAAUCUAUACUUGGCUGUCGGUUGGAGAAAUCUUUGUUAUAGUUGAAUUCAGGUCUCUGUCCACAGUGAUAUUUUUGCACAAAA